GCCAGAAAUCGACAGAACGAAAACAUUGUUGUAUCAACAACAUCGUUCAAGUUAAAGUAUAUAUAUUUUUGAAAAAAUAUAUUUUUUAAGCGAAAUCGCAUGACCGGAGAUUCCGAAAACUACACCACAAGAAAUGAGCCUACCGGAAGAGCUGGAAAAGACGCCUUUGGCGGUUCUCCAUGGGUUCAUCAAAGCCGUGGAUGACGGCACCAUACGUAGUGAGCUGGCUGAAGAUUGCAUCUUAAACUUCUACAGCCGAAAUGUGCGUGGCCCCAAGGCCAUUACUGGUUUUUUGAGGACCCAGGUGACAAAUCGUUAUCAGCACGAGGGAUUCGCGGAGGCAGCGCCACCUACAAUUGGCACCGAAAUUCUCCUGGCAGAGCGUUUCGGCAGAUCCUUCGAUCGGGAACGUCGCCGUAUCUACGAGGCAAAGGAACAAGAGAAGUCCACCACAUUGCAUCUUCGACCCGAGAGCGAUGACGAGGAAGUAUCUGAAGAAUUUCCCAUAUCGUACAUCACGCCUCCUCGUGCUUCAAGCUACCCCAUGAACACUCUAAAAUUUGUAGAGUCCAUUGGUCUGUUAAAAUCUCUUGGAGGACCCCUCUUUGGCGGCAUAGACUUGGGCGAAUCCUGCAUGGUUCACCUGACUUUGGGCUAUCGGAGCACUAAUCCGGCCGGUCGUCAAAUGCCUGCCAUCGAGAUUUGCCUGGCUGUUUACGAUCGGGGUCUCACAAGCCUCAACCGAUCUACUUUAGUAGCUUCACAACCUACUUCCUUUCUACGACGCGGCGGUGACCGCUUUAAUCCCACAACAGAUGACGAGGGUGACGAGACUUCAUUGCCACCACUAUCAAGACGCGGAGUCCGCCGUACUUUGUUUACAGAGGAGAACGCUGAAGGCGAGGGAGCAGAAGAUGCUGAUCCCGUUCCCGUUUCUGAUACCGAUUCCGAUGUCGAUCGCGUGGUGGAGCAAGAGCAAACAACUCGACUGCCAGAGGGAACACAUCAAGAGGAGGCCAACACACCCAUAGAAAGUCCCAGGACUACGAAAAUCUCCAAUUCCAUCGGCUAUACACCAAGGAAACGUUUUCAAGCGACCAGUGGCAACGAAGUGCCACCCAAACGCACUCCGGCAGCCCAACGUAUGCGCUUCUAGACCUGCAAUCUAUAAUUGACAGAUAUUUAGACAGGUUUAGUCCCUAGUCGCUUUUCCAAAUCUUCGUAGCACAAUUAUCUUUUAGGCUUUUAGAGGAUACCCCUACAAAUUUCCGUAAUUAUUUGAAGAAGACUGACUGCACCCGUUUUGGUCCAGCUAUCAGGGACCCCGCGUUGCGCUAGGCUAAUCCCAAAUAUGUAUUGUAUUACAUAAUAACCUGUAUUUAUUUGUGUAUUAAAGUUCAAUGUUAAUUAAA